AUGGAGCGAAACCCACAACGCGUAUGCGGAAGGACCGGCAGCCCCUUCCAGAAUAGAGACAAGGAAGCGCAGCCCGAUGCCGCUGCAGUUGUCCACGAAGAGGCGCUGCAGAAGACCCACUACGACAUACAAAGGGAGAAGAACAAUGAACUACUACAGAAGGCGAACAAGAAGACGGCGGAGUACCAGUCCAACAAACCGAGCUCGGGCGUGUUCACCGAAGUUGUGACGCAUGGCGCGUUCACGGCAAAAAAGGUGGAAAAGGAGAGGGCGCAGAAAGCGGAAACCGCGACCCCAACCAAACAUGGCAACAGCUCCAACGGCUCCAAGUCUCUCCUUGGUUAUCCGUCAUCCGCGAACGAUUUAGCCCUCGACGCUAAAUCGGACCUGGAAUCUGAUCCUAACAUAUCUAAAGAAGUCAAAGAGAUGGUGAUCGAAAAGCUUUUCAAACUAGUAUCGAUGGUGCAACACACGUACGAGUCAAAAGUGAGGGUGAUGGCCGAAUUCGAAAAGUUCAAAGACACCCAUCUGAAGAACGAAAUUAGAAGGGAGAAAGAGCAUUCGGAGCAGUUGUAUAAAUUGAACAUGAAUUUUCAAAAUGAAGUCAUCCAAGCGGUACAACAGUUGAAAAGUGAGUUAGACCUAUCGCGUCAUAUGACGGCUAAUCUAGAAAAUAAUAGUAGCAAUCUCGACAGUUCUGUUGAUUUUAAUACACCAAGUGACGUGCAAGGAACUGAGUCCAGUGUUAAUUUAACUCAAGAUGUGAAUAACGAAGAACCAACAAAAGCCACAGAACGAAUACAAACCGAUGACGUCGUUAAAUCUGAA